AUGGUUAAACAUAUUUCAUCUGGAAUCGAUGCUUUGGUUUACUCCAGUAGCCGGUGUGACAGUUUGGAAGCCAAUUGGGGAUCUGUUUCAGCAAAACCAGGUGUGGCAGCAAACACAACCUUCGGUUCCAUUGUAACAGGAGCCAACGUUGAAAAGAUCCCAGGAUUGAACACACUUGGUGUGUCUCUGUCACGCAUUGACUAUGCCCCAGGUGGACUCAACCCACCCCACACACACCCACGUGCCACUGAGAUUGUGUUUGUUCUUGAAGGUCAACUUGAUGUUGGGUUCAUAACAACAUCCAAUGUUCUCAUAUCAAAGACCAUCUACAAGGGUGAGAUCUUUGUCUUCCCAAAAGGGUUGGUUCAUUUCCAGAAGAACAAUGCCAAUGAACCUGCUGCAGUUAUUUCAGCCUUCAACAGCCAAUUGCCUGGAACACAGUCUAUUCCUCUGACUUUGUUUGCUGCCACCCCACCGGUCCCGGAUAACGUGUUGACCAAGGCAUUCCAGGUUGGUACCAAGGAGAUUGAGAAAAUCAAGUCUAGGCUUGCUCCCAAGAAGCAAUUGUUAUAGUAGGAAUGAUAUAUACUUGAUUGGUAUAUGUAUGCUUUAAUAAGGUCUUUGUUGUUUUUGUGUAUUUGUCUCUCUCAUUCAAUCUCUCUUUGUUGCCUCACAAUUCAUCAUGUAUGUUUGGAAAACUCAUAAAAGCAAAUAAUGGGACAUAUUCAUUUCUUUUAUAAUUGGAAUUUGAAAGGUGCUUUCAGCA